GUUUUCAAAAUAAUAUUUUAUACAAAAUCCAUAUUGCCGUCUCAAUUUAAAUCAAUUCUGUUAAAUCAAUUCUGGAAAACUUGCAUCAGAUCUUUCCACCAUCCGACCCGACUAGAGCUAAUCGAAUUUCACUCUCAGAAUUCGAUUUGGAUCGAAUUUAGAGUCUGACUAUUUGCCUCGGGAAUCCAGAUAGAUGCCUUGCGAAGAAGAAAUGUGUGUCCAUUUCCCGGUGGAAAUCAUCCUGCAAAUCCUCCGGAGACUCCCGGUGAAAUCGGCGGUGAAAUGCACCGCCGUUUGCAAGACCUGGUACGCUCUCAUCAAGGAUCCCGCUUUCGUUCUCACUCAUCUGCAGGCUGCCUCUUUUUCCAGCGAUCUUCUCCUUCUCAGGUUCGCUACAGGUAAAAGAGAAUUUUAUCAAUUGCGUCGCGAUAAUGAUGCCUUUGAGGAGUACAAGCAGUUCCACUUACCCUUCGAGUGUGGUGGAUUUGGGGCUUUUAGACUUGUUGGUACAUGUAAUGGGCUGAUUUGUCUGGGAGAUGUUUAUCAAGAUUAUUGCAAUAUAAUUUUGUGGAAUCCUUCCAUUCACAAACAUUUCAUUUUGCCCAAGCCUGAUUUUCCCUUCAAGAGCUUUUGUGAUUCUACCCUAGGUUUCGGGUUUGAACCGUUAUCAAAUGACUACAAGGUACUUCUAAUUGUGGCUCAGGAUAAUAAAGAAGAACUGAUUGAAGUGUGGUUGUUUUCAUUAAACAUGUGUUCUUGGACGAGGCUUAGUGAAGCCUCUCCCAAGCAUUGUUUGCAUGCACAUAGGGAGGCAGCCUUUGUGAAAGGUGCUUUGCAUUGGAUUGGACAUUCUAAUUUGAAGUAUUGGAUGUUCUCACAUAUGGUUUUGGCUUUUGAUUUGAGCACUGAAAAGUUUUUUGUGGUGAACUUCCCCAAAACUUUAGUUCACUUUGUACCCCAAAUGUCAUUGAUUAAAUAUGAAGAGUCCAUUGCUGUGGUUGCCCAUGGCAGUUUUGAAGAUUUAGAUGACAAUCAGCUUGAGUUGUGGGUCAUGAAGGAGUACGGUGUAGAUAGUUCAUGGACAAAGGUGUUGCAUUCAAUUGGUGAAGAUGGAAAGUUAGUUUUUUAUUCAGACUUGAUUGACGUGUUUGGGGUCAGGAAGAAUGGGGAGGUUUUAUUGAAGGUGCGUGAGGAGUGUGGGAAAAAUUACGAGCUAGCUACACUGGAUUUGAACUGCGACCAACAGAAGCAGCAACUAAAGCGUCUUGGAAUCAGGAUCGAUCUUAAUUAUUCGUUUGUUGGAAACUUUGUGGAGAGUCUGGUGUUAUUUGACAAAGGGGAACAAGAUGCUGAGGGGGAAGUCUGAUUAAAAGUGUAAUGGCAUAAGCUUAUUGCGAAAGUGAAAUCUGAAGUUCCCACAUGGAGUACAAAUAUGAGAAGAACAACAUCCAACCCCCCCUACAGGAGCUAAUUUGGACAUUUCCGAGUCCAUAGUAGGUCUGUAUAUUGCUUCCUUCCCACGCUCAAAGUGGUAAUGUUUUCAUUUUUCCAAGGAUUAUAUGUGUAAACAGCCUCCCUACUUUGGAGUAGGGGCAAUGUCUGCGUACACACACCCUCUCCAGACCCCUACUGUAGUGGGAAUCAACUAAUUUGUUGCUG